CAUCGCAACUCAGCGAGGUUACAGAGAGACUUUCCAAACCUCCAGUAGUGCUGUGCCGAUGUAAUCCGUGGUAAACGAGUUACAAUCACCACAAAAUACGUCCUCCAAUCCCGUCUCGCUUCCCAUCUUCACCUAAUCUAGAAAUUCUCGACAACCACUAACCGCGAACACCAUCAAACAACUCAACCCACUACACUGACAACAUGCCAGGCGCUCCCAAAAAGCGCCAAAAGCGCGAAGAGUACAAAGAGUCUCUCAGCAAAGAUGACCAAAAUGGUGCCCUUCCAAAGAAAAAAUUCUACAGGCAGAGGGCACAUGCCAAUCCAUUCUCGGAUCACUCUUUGACAUACCCCAAGAGCCCUUCUGACAUGGAUUGGGCGUCGUAUUACCCAGCUUACGCAGCUAAAAGCGACGAAAGUGAAGCCACGGUGACUCAAGCUCCAACAGAGGAGGACGCAAGCAGACAGAUCACUCGGCCAGUUGAGAUUGCCGAUAUUGGCUGCGGAUAUGGCGGUCUUCUCUUCGCGCUCGCUCCUAAGUUUCCAGAUACGUUGCUGGUCGGCAUGGAAAUCCGCAUCUCCGUCUGCGAAUUCGUGCAAGAAAAGAUCCGCGCGCUCCGCCACCAGUCCCUCGCCACAAACACCUACCAAAACGUCGCCUGCAUCCGCGCCAACACGAUGAAAUUCCUCCCCAACUUCUUCGCCAAAGCCCAGCUUUCCAAAAUCUUCCUCUGCUUCCCGGACCCGCACUUCAAAGCGCGCAAGCACAAAGCGCGUAUCGUGUCGUCGACGCUGAACUCCGAGUACGCGUACGUGCUUAGGCCCGGCGGGAUCGUGUACACAAUCACGGACGUCGAGGACCUGCAUAAGUGGAUGGUGGAGCAUUUCGAGGCGCAUCCGAGUUUCGAGCGCGUGGGCGAGGUGGAGCAGGAGGGGGACAUGUGUGUGGAGGUGAUGCGGACGGAGACGGAGGAGGGGAAGAAGGUGGGCAGGAAUGGGGGGAGGAAGUUUGUGGCGUGCUUUCGGCGGGUGGAGGAUCCGCCGUGGCCGUGAGCGUGCGUUGUGUGAGGCUUAUGUGGUUUUUGUCGAUUGUGAGAUAGCAAGGCAAUGGCGAAAUGCAUUUCACGCUCGCAGACAUCAUAUCGAAGGCUUCGCGUGCUUUCGGAGGAUGGAGGAUUUGCCUUGGUCGUGAGUGUGCGUUUUGUGAGGCAUAUCUGUCUUUUCACGGUUGCGAGAUAGCAGGCAAUGGCAAUAAAGGCUUCAUGCUCGCAGGAAUCACAUCAAAGGCCUCGCAUGCUUUCGGAGGGUGGAUGAUCCUUCUUGGCCCUGAGCGUCUUGUGAGGCAGAUCCGUUCUUUCCCGAUUUCGAGGUAGCAGGCAAUGGCAAAAAUCGUAUCACAUUCGCAGGCAGACGUCACAUCAAAGGCAUUGCGUG